AUGGAGGAGCAGCGUGUGGGCGGGUGCAUGGAUAUGAGCAACGGUGUCAAAGUCCUCUCCUUUCCUGAGGUGGAGACGAGUGAGUCCUCCAACGCGGAGGAGGUUGGUGACGUUGUCUCUGCCACCGCCACAGAUGUAGACAGGGGCGACGUCUGCAUAGUAUUCCUUCAACAUACUCCUGUUGUCAGCUGGCAGGACGUUGACGACGAAGUGCGAUUCUCGCCUCGCGUCCAUGCGCUUGGUGACGUGUCUCAACACCAGAUUACACCCAAUAUCAAUCUUGUGCGAGUUGCUGGCGAUGAUCACACGAAUAAGUACGUUAUUUAUGAUGGUGUAACUGAAACCCCUGCCUGUACGGAUCUCUUCCAUGGGGAGUACGGUGACUUGGACCCUGUGAAUACACGUAUGUGCCGUGUGUGA